AAUCGGCGUGUCUGUGAGCGACACGACUGGCACAAACCGCAGCAUGAGACACUACUGUCGUCGGAUCACUAGUAUUUUUCGGCAGCUUAGCAUGCUGGGAAACAUGAAUAGCUCAUACGUAUUUUUUUUUCUUUUGCGAAAUGAUUUACAUACUCUCUGCUUUUAAAAAUGAAUGUAAAAUAAAAAAUGACACCACAUGAAUACGGGAAUGUAUGCAUGUGAGCCCCAAAAAUGACACAUUCUAGGUCUACGGAGACCCGCAAGUAUACCACCUUCCUUGCACAUAUCUAACUAAAGGGACUUCUUGGAUGGAGUAGGGAGGUCCAUCAAAGCGACUCGCGACCUUUCAAUUUCAAAUCCAACAGGUACAUAUAUAUGAAUCACGCCUAGCAUUUCGCUUUAAUUAGUCCAGCCAUAUUUCAAGCUUUGAGCAACUUUGGUCAUUAUUUAGCCGGCCAGCGUGUCAAUUUAGGAUAUGUUUGAUUGACAACCAAGCGUUACCGCACUCUUCGGCAAAAGGUGCUUAAGCUGCGACUAUUUUUUUUUUGGAAAGAUUAGAUGUAGCUAACAAUUUGCUCGUCGCAUCUUAGCAGUCAAGGUUUGAAGAAAAAACGUGAAUCUAUGUGCACUUUGAUCGCUGAGUUAAUUUUCAUGGCCCAUUCCGAAAAAAAAGAAAAUUCAUUUUUUUUCUGAAAAAUAAAAAUUAAUAUUAUUUUCAUAUCAGAUUCAAUUCACCUGAGAAAGAUAAAACCUUUUCCGGCUACGUGAUUGACACGUGCCGCCCAAUAAUGUGAGAACGCCUCCUUGCCCUAGAAAAUAGAAAACACAAAAGGCCUUACCUUUUUGUCGCACGCUCGCUGAGUCCCUCCGUGCACCACGCCACGGCCACCCCGACCAUUCACGCUCGCUGCCGCACUCGUAACAAAAACGAAAAGCACUCGUCCAGUGCCCGCCCCGCCCCAUCCUCUCCACUGUCCACUCCCUCUCCGACUCCCCUGCUUCUCCAUCAGCUCCUCUGUUUCUUCUCCCGUCUUCCCGCCCAGGCCCAGCCGCGAGCCGUGGCCAUGCCCGUCGCCGCGCUCCACCCUCUCCCGGGCGUCGUCGGGGCCGGCCGCCGCGGGGCCGGCCGCCGCAGGGCCGGCCGCCAUCGGCGCUUCGGCCUCCGCGCGAGCUCCCUGGAGUCGCCGUCGGUGGCCUCGACGGCGCUGAGUGGCGUGGCAGCAGGGGCCCCGGCGGAGAGGAAGGAGAAGGCGAAGGACGAUGCGGCGGCGCUGGAGGAGGAACAGAGCAAUGGUCUGGACGCCCUCUACGACGAUGGCUUCGGCGGCGUCACCGUCAAGGACUACUUCGCGGCGGCCAGGGCCGUGUCCCGGGACGACGGCGGCCCGCCGCGCUGGUUCUGCCCCGUCGAGUGCGGCCGCCCGGCGGUGGACGCCGCGCCGCUGCUGCUCUUCCUGCCAGGAAUGGAUGGCGUCGGAAUGGGGCUCAUCCUGCACCACAAGUCGUUGGGCAAAGUAUUCGAGGUUCGCUGCCUGCACAUACCAGUCAAUGAUCGUACACCAUUUGAAGGGUUAGUACAAACUGUUGAAAAUACUAUCAAGCAUGAGCAUGAUUCAUCACCAAACAGACCAAUAUACCUCGUUGGAGAUUCAUUUGGUGGAUGCCUUGCAGUGGCAGUGGCAGCUCGUAAUCCACAAAUUGAUUUGCUUCUCAUACUAGUAAAUCCAGCUACAUCAUUUGCAAAGACUCCCUUACAGCCAAUAUUGCCUCUUUUGGAAUCCAUGCCAAGCGAGUUUCAUGUUACAGUUCCAUAUCUUCUCAGUUUUGUCAUGGGUGACCCCCUGAAGAUGGCUUCGGUUAGCAUUGAAAACAAUCUAUCUCCUCCAGAAACUCUACAGAAAUUGUCAGAUAGUCUCACUUCAAUGCUACCUUUACUUUCGGAAUUGGCAGAUAUUAUACCAAGGGAUACUCUUUUGUGGAAGCUCAAACUUCUUAAGAAUGGAGCUGCCUAUGCAAAUUCUCGUCUUCAUGCUGUACAAGCAGAAGUUCUACUUCUUGCCAGCGGUAGCGACAAUCUUCUACCAAGCAGAGAUGAAGCAGAUCGUCUUUUCAAGGCACUGAAGAACUGCAGAGUUCGAUACUUCAAGGACAAUGGCCAUACGCUACUCUUGGAGGAUGGUGUCAAUCUGUUAUCUGUAAUAAAAGGAGUAAACAUGUAUCGCCGUGGAAGACAAAGGGAUUUUGUAACCGAUUAUCUCCCUCCUACUUUAAGUGAGUUCAAGAAAACAUUUGACGAGGAUCACAAACUUUUUCACCUUGCACUGAGCCCAGUUAUGAUGUCUACCAUGAAGAAUGGAAAAAUUGUCCGUAGUCUUUCUGGCAUUCCUGAUAAGGGUCCUGUCUUGUUUGUGGGCUAUCAUGCACUCAUGGGUAUUGAAGUGAGUCCACUGUAUGAAGAAUUCCUGAGGGAGAAGAAAAAAAUUGUUCGUGGCUUGGCUCAUCCACUUUUGUUUGGAACAAAAUCUGAGUCUUCGCGCCAGGAGUUAUCUCGGUUAGAUACAGUUUCUAUGUAUGGUGGACUACCGGUCACCCCAAUCAAUAUGUACAGGUUAUUUGAGAGGAAUGAGUUUGUUCUGCUUUAUCCUGGCGGGGUUCGGGAAGCCCUGCAUAGAAAGAACGAAGAAUACAAGUUGUUCUGGCCGCAUCAACCAGAAUUUGUAAGAAUGGCUGCGCGUUUUGGUGUUACUGUCAUACCCUUUGGGUGUGUAGGAGAAGAUGAUGUUCUAGAGUUGGUUGUAGAUUAUAAUGAUCAGAAAAACAUCCCUGGCCUUCGGGAAUGGAUAGAGUCAAUCAACAAAGAAGCUGACAGAGUGAGGGAUAGCGUCAAAGGAGAGGAUGGGAAUCAAGACAUGCACUUGCCUGCUGUUCUCCCAAAAGUACCUGGCAGAUUCUACUACCUAUUUGGCAAGCCGAUCGAAAUGAAAGGAAUGAACAACCUUGUCAGAGACAGAAAGAGUGCCAAUGAUGUAUAUCUUCGCAUAAAAUCAGAAGUAGAGGAGAUAAUGUCAUAUCUGAAGAGGAAGAGGGAGGAAGAUCCUUACAGGAGUAUAGCCCAGCGUGCGUUAUACCAGGCAACAUGGGGCGUCUCUGCUCAAGUCCCAACUUUCGAACCAUGAUCAGGUGCAGAAAUGUUAGUGUGAUUGGAUGUUUGAAAGCCCACACAAACAAAGUAGGUGAAAGAAUCGGUGAAAGUAGGGCAGGACAUCUGUAACUGCAAGCUUAUUGCGAUUCUUUGAUGCAAUGCAUUCAGAGGAAAUUUCCUCCCUUACACACUGUACAGAAGUACAUUACAUGUACUAUACAGAAAAACAUUGCAUGUAUAUAUUUUCUGACAGUUUUUUGACC